AUUUUGACUUAACCAAUGGAUGAGGAAUUUUGUACAUCGAAAACUAUAAAAGCUUUAGAAAAGUUAAUUUCUACUCAAAAUUCUAAUGUCGAGACAGUCGAUGAUAUACAGCGAAAAGAGUCAUCAAAGUCAGACUCUGAAGAAAUUAAACAAUUUAACCAUAUAAAAUUUAAUGAAUCUACAAAAAAAAAUAAAUACAAUAUAUGGGAAUUAUCUGAGGUGUCCAUAUUGCAAAACUCUCAAAUGAUUGAUCCACGAAAAAUACCGGAAUAUAAAAUGAAUUUCAAACAAACUGUAACAGCAGAAGACGUAUUUUUAGGGAUUGGCCUAAACCCUCUUGCCCCUACUUCGUGUCAGUGGUUAUCAAUUUAUGUAUAUCUGCCAGGAGAAGCAAGAGAAGAUAUAAAAUUAGAUAUUAAAUCUGAAACUGUAGACAUACGAAGUCCUAAAUUCCGUUUACAUUUACCAACUUGUCACAUUAUAGAUCCGCAAAAGUCAUCCGCAAAAUGGCACAGUGACGAAUCAACACUCGAACUUACUCUUAAAAUAAUACAUGAACUGGAUAGACUUAAUUUUUAAUUUUUCACCAUUAUUUCGUCGAUGAAUUUUCUUUUCAUUAUUUAUUAUUAAGCUUCUUAAUUUUUUAC